AUGGCGACAACCCAAAUCAACAACUUGGACGUUGUAAUAGUUGGAGCUGGCCUAAGCGGUCUCCGAGCAGCAAGAGAAAUACACGCCGCAGGCCUGAAAUAUGUUGUCCUGGAAGCUAUGGACCGCGUGGGCGGCAAGACGCUCUCGGUUCCUGCAUCAUCCAAGGGCACUGGCGUUGUAGACCUGGGCGCGGCUUGGAUCAACGAUACAAACCAGUCUGAAAUGUAUUCGCUAGCCCAAGAAUUCAGCUUUGAUCUCGUCAAGCAACGAGAUGAAGGGGACUCAAUGGUCAGAGCCCCAGAUGGCAAAAUUGACAAGGUUCCCUACGGAAUGCUGGCAAACUUGGAGCCAGAACAACUCGAGCGGCUCAUGCAUCUUCUACAAAAGAUCGGAGAGCUUGCCGAGAAAAGCAAUACCAGCGAUCCUAGCCUCACACCCCACGCAGAGACACUCGACUCGGUGUCGCUGCACGAUUUUGUGGCAGACAAGUUCAAAAACGAGGAUGCAAACACUCUCGUGAACGAGCUGGUCAAGGCACUUGUGGGGUUGGAAAGCAGCUAUCCCAGCGCAUUGUACUUUCUGGACACCAUCAAGCGCGCAGCCGGACUUGCAAACAUGAUUUCUGAUGGGAAGAACGGGGGGCAGUACCUACGAAACCGCCAAGGAAACCAGAGUUUCAGCGUUGAAAUAGCACGAGGGUUGACACCCGGUGCCGUCAAACUCUCCAGCCCAGUCACAAGCAUUACCCAGUCCGCCACAGGAUGCGUCGUCGAAUCCAAAACCGGGGACAAAUACACGGCCAAGAAAGUCAUCAUGUCCCUUCCAAGCUGUCUCCUCCCCACUGUCCAAUUCUCCCCCAGGCUGCCGCAGCCCAAGCAGCUUCUCAGCCAAUCCACCAAGCUGGGCUACUACUCAAAGACAAUUCUUGUAUUUUCAGAACCGUGGUGGCUUGCCGCCGACCUAUCGGGGGUAUACACGUCUACUGGUACUGCGAUUUCCUUCACGCGGGAUACUUGUGUCCCUGAAGAUGGCCAAUACAGCAUUACGUGCUUUCACACGGGAGAGACGGGGCGCUCCUGGUCUCGUUUGUCCGCGGAGGAGAGGCGGACCGCUGUGCUCGAGGAAUUUAAGACGGCGUUUGAAACCGCGACGGGGGAGGGGAUUCCCGAUCCCGUCAACGUCAUCGAGAAGGAGUGGACAAAAGACCCCUGGACAUUGGGUGCGCCUAGUCCUGUGAUGCCUCCUGGGCUGCUUACAAGCGAGGCCGGCAAGGCGCUGUAUGAGCCGUUUCAGAACAUUCACUUUGUUGGGACGGAGACGGCGGAUGUGUGGAGGGGGUAUAUGGAGGGCGCGGUUCGUUCUGGACUUCGGGGUGCGAGGGAGGUUAUUGAUGCUUUGGGGGGCUCGUCCACACGUUAG